AGAGAUCCCUCUCCACCUCGCCCUGGCUCCCGCUGACCCUUCUGAGAAGUAGGGGCUGUGAUUGAAAGAGGCACCUGUUGGCCUCCUGAUAAAAAUAGGAGCAUCUAGUUACCCAUCACAGUAGGGAGGGUGGGUGUAUCAACAGAGUAGUAAACAAUGAAAGAAGUGAUGCAGCAGGCACAGUGAAGAGGAAGGCAGGCUGAGAAGAGGCCAGGGGAAGGAAGCACAAGGACGAGUCAGUGAGCUAGACUGAGGGAAAGCCCAGCCGUCCGCGGAAAACCUAGGUGCUGUCCUACCAUCUUGUGGUGAACGUACAGUCACACCAUUCGUCUGACUGGUGGAAGAACUAAAAGCAGCCCAGAAUAGGGAACCAGUUCUUUUCACUGCCUUGGGUGAGAUUUACCCUCCCAGAACUGGAGCCAAAAAAGACCACCUGCUUCAUACUCCACUGAAAAAAACAGGAACGUGGCAUCAUGGAGGCUGAAAACACCAAGAAGCAAGAGGAGACGCAGCAGAUUAAGGGGCUAGAGCAGAAAGGAGAGUCAAGAGAUGCUCAGAUUGCACCUAAGGGAGAGGGGGAAGCUGGGAAAACAGAGGCUGCUAGGAAUGAGGCUCAUGGAGAGGGGGAAGCUGGGAAAACAGAGGCUGAUAGGAAUGAGGCUCAUGGAGAGGGGGAAGCUGGGAAAACAGAGGCUGAUGGGAAUGAGGCUCAUGGAGAAGGGGAAGCUGGGAAAACAGAGGCUGCUAGGAAUGAGGCUCAUGGAGAGGGGGAAGCUGGGAAAACAGAGGCUGCUGGGAAUGAGGCUCAUGGAGAGGGGGAAGCUGGGAAAACAGAGGCUGCUGGGAAUGAGGCUCAUGGAGAAGGGGAAGCUGGGAAAACAGAGGCUGCUAGGAAUGAGGCUCAUGGAGAGGGGGAAGCUGGGAAAACAGAGGCUGCUAGGAAUGAGGCUCAUGGAGAGGGGGAAGCUGGGAAAACAGAGGCUGCUGGGAAUGAGGCUCAUGGAGAGGGGAAAACUGAGGCUGCUGGGAAUGAGGCUCAUGGAGAGGGGGAACCUGGGAAAACAGAGGCUGCUGGGAAUGAGGCUCAUGGAGAGGGGGAAGCUGGGAAAACAGGGGCUGCUGGGAAUGAGGCUAAGGAGGAUACAGAAGAGGCUUUGGGGUCUAAGGAAGUGCAGGGAUCUGAGACCGUAGAGAAAGUGAAGGUAGUUGGAGAAGGCGACCAGGCAGAGCCUAAAGAUAGAGUGGCUGUGGGUGUAUCUGGAACGGAGCUCAAAGAAGAAGGUGUUGUUUCUGAGACACCAGAGGAACUGCAGAGAAGGGGAAGAGGAAAAGCGGAUGGCUUGGAGGAAAAUACCAGCACUUCCAGUAGAGAGGGCCAAACUGACAGUACUUCAAAUGAGCCCCUCUCACUGGAACCAGAGGAAGAAGAAGAAUUUUGGCCGGAAUUCUCUCCCAGUUCCCCUGAUGAAAGUCCACAAAGCCCCACAAGCGUGAAAACCUCAGAAACAGGUGGCACCAUUUCAAGCCCAACAGUUCCAGAAGCUGCCCCUGGGGACACCGCCAGUAUCGAAGCAGGCCCAAAAGGGAACCGAGAGCAACAACCUGCACCUGAGGAAGCAGCUGCUACCAAGGAGAAAAAGAAGAGGCCUACAUUUGACAGGAGGGAGAUAACAAGGCCCCGCGUGCCGCCUAGAGCUCAGUCCCGCAAGGCCAUUAUGGAGAAAUUUGGAGGUGCUGCAACUGGCCCUGCCCCCAACAUCAAGAGGACAGGAGGGGCAAACACUGUGAAGACUAUGCUGCUAGAGUGGUGCCGAGCCAAGACCCGCGGCUAUGAACAUGUGGACAUCCAGAACUUUUCCACCAGCUGGAGCAGCGGCAUGGCCUUUUGCGCCCUCAUCCACAAGUUCUUCCCAGAUGCGUUUGAUUACGCAGCUCUGGACCCAGCCAAUCGCAGAGAGAACUUUGACCUGGCUUUCUCCACUGCCGAGAAGCACGCCGACUGUGCACAGCUUCUGGAGGUGGAUGACAUGGUGCGCAUGAAGGUUCCUGACAACAAAUGCAUCUACACCUACAUCCAGGAACUUUAUCGCAGCCUGGUGGAGAAAGGGCUAGUGAAGACCAAGCAGAAAUAAGAAUGGAAGGCAGGCUUAUGCUCAAGGCCAACUGGAAACUAGAGGGAAGUCUGGUGGGACAGGGAGAAAGCAGCAUGGGAUGUACCCUGAGAAGAGGGCCUCUGUUCUGCAAUUUCUUGAGUACUGCACUGGAUCCAACCACAGUAGCUUAGCUUCUCUAACACUAAACUCUGCUACACAAAGACUUUGUGCCAGUGUGCUUUUGAGAUGGGCAGGAAAAGAAUUAGCUCUUUUCAUUCAAGCACGACCAUCAUCUUCAGCCAACUUACCUGCAUGGAAGCAGAACUGAUAGCAUCUAUCUAUCCCAAACAGGUGCAGCUUUGAACAAGCAAGUCACUCUAGCAGUUACAACCACCAAUUCCACAUCCCAUUCUCUUAGCAAAACCUCCUCCAGCCCAUGCUUCAAUCAUACUUCUCCCUGCAAAGCACUAGAUCCAUUAAAACACAACUAUAAGAAGUCA